AUGGGGUUCAUCUUCCCGAUGGCCGAUUGCAAGAUGAACAUAUUCGAGGCCGUGUUGGUGCCGAUCACCCUAGCCGAAAUCACUGUAUUCAAGCACCUCAACAUUCCCUUCCCACUAUUGCGGGCGCUCCGCCCGAUAUUCCGUUGCAUCCGUGUGUUGCGCGUCUGUCUUCGGACUGCCGGCAAGGGCACGCAGUAUUUGACAAGGUUGCGCCACCAGUUGUCGGGUGACAGGCUUCGUUUCAUCCAGGAUGGGUUUGAUUUAGAUCUACAGUACAUUUCUCCUCAGAUCAUUGUGAUGGCCGAUCCGACAGUGGGGAGCGACGCGAUCCUGCACAAUCCUCUGAAGGACGUGGCGCGGUUCUUGAACGAGAGGCACACCAAUCGGUAUUUACUGUUGAAUGUAACCGAAGAUCGUCGUUACCCACUUGGACCGUUCUUCGGUCGGUACUUCAAAUUCCCUAUCGCGCAGGACAGUGUCCCCAGCCUGGACGGGCUCAAGCUGAUGGUUGAGGCUGUUGACCAGUGGCUGAAGGCAGACGAGACGCGCGUUGUGGCAGUGCACUCGAAGCACAAUCAGGGCCGCGUCGCCCUUCUUGUCGUCGCCCUCAUGCUGCACAGGAGAGAUCACAGGAGCGCGGGGCACGCCCUCGCCUCCUUCGAGGCCCUCCGCAGGCGGGAGGCCAGCGAUGCGGAGCACCGCCCCACCUUGGACAGCGCGUCCCAGCUGCGCUUCCUGGACUACUUCGCCCACGCCUGCAGCCUCCAUGGGGGGCUGCCCGCACGGACGGCCAGGAUCAAGAGGGUGCAGGUGUCCGGCGUGCCCAACGCACACCUGCUGGACCCUCACGGGCGGCUUCGCACACCCGGGCGAGGCGGAGCGCGGCAGCUGCGUGGCGCGGGCGAGCGCUGA